AGUCAUAAGAUGUUGGGGCUGUAUUUGGUGACUACAUAUCGGAGCAGUGUUCGCGAUCUUUUCCUUGCUAUAUGGAAUUUGUAAAUGAUAAUGGAAACCAAAAGAUGGACCAACAAUGUGCUCGCGUUGCUGUUGGUAACCAUACAAUGUAGUAGCGGCCUUGACAACGGAUUGGCAUUGACCCCGCCCAUGGGCUGGUUGACAUGGGAACGCUUCCGGUGUAACACGGACUGUGUCAACCGACCGGACGAUUGUAUAAGUGAAAGUCUUAUUAAAGCCAUGGCGAAUCUUAUGGCUAAAGAAGGUUACCUGCAGGCCGGGUACCAAUACAUCAUUAUAGAUGAUUGCUGGCUGGCUUCCGAGCGCGAUUUGAAUGGCCUUCUGCAGCCGGAUCCAGACAGGUUCCCAUCGGGCAUUGCGGCACUCGCGGAUUAUGUUCAUCAACUUGGACUGAAAUUCGGUAUCUAUGUAGAUUUCGGGGUGCGUACAUGCGGCGGCUAUCCAGGAAGCGAAUUCUACUUACAACUUGACGCAAACACCUUCGCACAUUGGGGCGUGGAUUAUGUUAAAUUCGAUGGCUGUAAUUCGGACCCGUCAGACAUGGAUUUCGGAUAUGAAGCUUUCGGACUAUUUCUGAAUAAAACUGGUCGUCCAAUGGUGUACUCUUGUGAGUGGCCAGUUUACCAGCAAUUUGCCGGUUUAAAGCCAAACUACGCGAGUAUUCAACGCACGUGUAACUUGUGGAGGAACCACGCUGACAUUAGCGAUGAGUGGUCGAGUGUGUCUAGUAUAAUUGACUAUUACGGUGCGAACAUAAACAACCUCGCAAAUUUUGCCAAGCCAGGUGCGUGGAACGACCCGGAUAUGCUGGUCAUCGGGAACUAUGGUCUCAGUUACGAACAGAGCAGGGUACAAAUGGCGAUGUGGGCCAUAAUGGCGUCCCCCCUGUUGAUGUCCACAGACCUACGGUCGAUCUCGCCUGAGUACAAGUUCCUUCUCCUCAACUCUCGGCUCAUAGCGAUCAACCAGGAUCCACUGGGUAUACAGGGUCAGCGAAUUUUGAAGAUCAACGGAACCUUUGUGGAGGUAUGGUCCAGACCGGUAUUGCCGAAGGGUAGCUAUGCCAUCGCGUUUCUACAGUUGAUCAAUCCUGGUAACCCCACGUUGGUCAGCGUUCAGGCACGUGAAAUCGGACUGACAGCGACAGGGGGCUACUCCUUUACGGAUAGUUUCACUGGCCAACCUGCAGGGACUUAUGGACCUGACGAUAUGUUGAAGCUGCUUAUAAACCCUAACGGCGUUGUGUUAUUUACGGCUAUUCCGAUGUAGGAACCGAAUGCCAGUUAUUAAUUUGAUUUAGGUCCAUUAGCAUCAGUGGCUGAACGUUUCUGUUUCAUUUAUAUAUGGAUGUAUGGAUCAAAUUGAUGUUAGUGUUUAUGCGGGUUCGCAAAUACAUGUAUUGAUUUUUCUAAUAUUAUCACAUCCAAUGUACCGAAACUAAUAUAUUUAAGGAACAUAAAAGACAUUAGCAAUAAUAUUGCGAUAAAAUAUAUAUAUUAUUACAUAUCAAAUUUUUCAAAUAUAUUUUCUUCAGAUCUUUAAAUAUCAGUGUUAUUAUACAGGAUUCUAUCACUCUUAACAGACGUUUUUGAAAUGUCUCAAGUAUCUUACAUUUUCUUCUCCAGCAUUUAUAAGUGAUGAUUUUUAUGCUGCCUAAGCAACAUUUUGCAUUGUGUUAUCAGGUUGUGUGUAGACUGUAGUAUUUCUUUUAAUUAAAUUUAUACGGUUUUGUUUUUGUUGGAUAAUGCGAUCUUUAGACACAUAUAGCAUGACACAGUAAGUAAAUAGUUUUGUGAUCCUUUAUAAAUCGGAUUUUUUUCGAUUGCACAUAAUUAUGAGGAAAACAGUACUGUGAAGUAAUCUGACCUCGUUUUUCAUUGUAAAAUACUGCAAGCUGUUUGUUGAGUCAUAUGUUUUCUGUUUUUGUUUCGUUUUCUUAAGGAUCAUUUUAGCAUUGAUUGGCUUUUAAAUACUCUUGGCAGAACUGCCUAAUUUUUCUUAGAUAUUGCCUUGUUCCAACCUUUAUACGUUUAACAUAAAUAUAUUAAUAUGGUCUAUGUUUAUAAACAUCAAUAUACACAUUCUUCAGUAUACGUAUUCCCUUGUUACAUAAUACAACGAUAAAGAAGAUUGUACUCUUCACGUUAGUUUUGUAAAAAUUAUUUUCGUUAUAAAAUGUUCAAUCGUUGCAUAGGCCUUUCCCAAAAGUGAGAUACUUUCCUUGCGUAAUCACGAGUGAUGUGCCCUGUUCAAUUACAGUUUAUUUUCCUUGUAUUUGUUUAUACUAACUUACUAUAACAAAGUCUCUCUCUCUAUAUAUAUAUAUGAACGGGUUGAUGUCGUCCUAAACAUUACUAUAUGUUCUUUUUAAAACAUGACAACUAAAACAAAUGUUUGCACGUCAUUAAUUGCAUUUAAAUAAAAAAAUGUUUUGGUAGUUUUAUAUAAUGACACAUUCACAAAAUCAUGAAGUGAUAUAAAAAAAACUUAAUGGAAUAUAUACAAAUGUAUUUUCGAGUGUGGAAAUGUGUUUAAGCCAAACUAUUUAAAGCUUUUCAAACAAAGGAAAUUGGAAUUUUAACGUAAGAUGUUUAUCAUCUACUUCACAGUUUUACUUUCACCACCAUCAACACAUAUAAACCAUCAAAAUGUUCAACAACUGUGACAUUAGAUUGGACCUUGAAACUUUUUAUAGUUUUGGUGUGUGAGGCUGCCUACAAUACUUUCGGAUGAAGUAUGACUUUCGUUCCGGUCCAUUGAUUUUCAAAGUAAUGAAUAGUUUUACAUUUCACCUCUCUAAUUGCUUCCAAAAUUAUUUUUUGUCACAAAUUAUUAACAUCAGCAAUAUUCAGGCCUACGACCGACAUCCUGUAUCGUUUGCUUCCAUUCGCUGCUUCUCUUUCCAUGGCCAAUCAAAAACGUGUUACAUAAACCAUCGAUACCCGGGCCCCAUGCCCCCCCCCCCCCCCCCCCUACGUAACGUACGGGCUUGAAGAUGAUAGGAUUUUGGUUGUCACUUGAUUGACUCAAUAUGAAAUGAAAAGUAUGCUAUUUGUUUAU